CCUGAAACUGUGGGAACGCCCCGUUUUGAAAAGGUUCAAUGCAUUGGACCUGCAACAUUUGCAGAACCAAGACCACCCACCGACUUACAUUCACCUCAACUUCAGUCACAUCCCCUACUUUCAAGGGGAAAGAGGCAGCAGUAGGAAGGGAGCAGACAGAGUAGAAAGAGGAAGCAGCAUGUAGAUACAGUGAGUAGCUCCGAACAGCACUUCUCUAUUUUGUUUAAACAAAUAAUGAUGCGCUUAGAGGGACAUACACCAUUUGGAUUGUCUGCCUCUGGAAGAAGACACGAGGGUUUCUUAGUAUUCCCAUCAUGAGGCCUAACCACUGCUGGAACGUCCUGCAUGUGCCCAUGUUGGCAGCACUGGUUCUCACCUUAAACGCUGACAGCAAAGACUCGGACUGUUUCGUAGAAAUUAGAGUACGCCGCAAAACGGUUUAUGAAGCUUUGGCUGGAGCAGACCUUAGGAUUAACUGCACAGUCGCUUUCUGCAACAAUUCAUCACCAGCAGUGUCCUGGUAUAAAGUUGAGGAAAUUUCUGUCCCUGUCAAUGUCAACGGUCUCAGUCACGUUAAAACGGAGUGGAAAGAGUUAAGCCGUUCAGAAGGGAUAUCGUAUUUGAUUUUCCAGGAAAUACGCAGCAGCGACUCAGGUCUGUAUCAGUGUUGGAGUGGAAACGGUGUGAGUCAUAGCAUCAAUGUCUCUGUCCAUGUUGAAGCUGAUCUUACCACCGUGGCAUGGACGGAUGACACAUAUGCCACAACUUCUAAUCCUGAAACCCCACAAAAUCUAUGGAUAUACGUGUACUCUGCUGCCGGGAUUGUGGCGUUCGUCAUCAUGGUGAUAGUAACAUCUGUCAUGUCAGUGCGAGGGUGUAAAAGGAAAUCAAAGAGAGAGACAGACACUGAAAAUCAGUACAUGGCAAUCCCCAUGUUUGAGCAACCCUUCCCACACGCCAGCCUCCAGCCCUCGCCAAGAGAGAGCCCCUCUGCCCCGCCACCUCGGAGAUCUACCCGGAGAAAGGCACCGGCCCCACGUCCCAAUGAGUCGACGUUGCCGAGAGAUAGUGAGCAUGUUUACGACAGGACUAAAAAGGACAGGGACAGACAGAGGAAUGGGAUGGAGGAGGAAGGGAGUUCCGUUGUGUAUGCUGCACUCAACCAUCAGAUGCCGCCGGGGGCUGCUGUUCGGCCGCCGAGGCCACGGGAGGAGUUUUCAGAGUACGCGGCUAUUUGUGUCUCUUAAAGACCCAACACCCACUUGACUGAAUCACUUCAAAGCGGAGGAAAUCUCACAUUAUGCAGAGUAAUUCUUUCAAAUUUUUUUUUUUUUCUUGAGGCUGAUAUAACCGCUCACACUAGAGGACCACUGGCGAACAUGUCAAACUGGAACUUUCCAGAGGAGCUUAGGAUGUAAACGGCUCUGGGAGGAAGGCAAUUUAAAGAGGAUACAAUGACCCUCUCACAGCAACGACUGCUGAUACAGAAAACACCUCCUGGACUGGGUCUUUUUUUUUUUUUCCUCCUGCAUUUUUGUAAAAACUGCUCUUUUAUCACAAAAUUAGCAUGCUACAGCACAGACCGGUCCACCCAGUCUACUUGAGAGACUGAACGUGACAUACUCUGCAUUGAGGAAAGCCCAGUCUGUGCACAGCUAUACAAUCCAGAGAAAGAGGCGUGAUAAGUGAAAACGCCCGUGUAGGUGUAACAUGGGUGUGUAGGGCUUUUAACAUUCAUAACUAUGCAGUUAGCAAGAAUGUGAUAAAUAAUAUCCUUCCUACAAAGAAGCUGACUAGCCAGAAUAUGUUUUGUUGAAUUGCUAACAUGCUAUUGUCAGUUUUCCCUAUUCAGUGACCUUUCAUGCUAAUAAUUUUGGACAAGGUAAAUAGUUUACAACACUUGUUAGCAUGUACUUAGCAACAGCUUGAAGACAAAAGACGACGAGGUACUUAAAUAGCUAGUAAGAUUGCCUGAUUAACACCGUAAAACUGUAGUAACCUUCUUUGUUUUGCUUGCUUUACCUGGAAGGGUUGGUGCGAGAUUUUUGGUCAUUUCAGGUUGUGAGCUGCCAAAUUGCAGGCGCGUCAUCGACCCUCACUUCGAUAUGUAAAUCGAGAGCAUUUAGAGGUUAAAGGAUGAGGUUAGUGAUAUUCGACAUAUUUCUUAAUGUCAAUAAAUCCCAUGACAAGACUGAAACCAACAACAAAUUGACCCCACUAACAAGUAUUGUCUUUGAAGCCAAAGCCUGAUAUAUUUUAUUCCUCUGUGCCAUAGAGCUCCAUUGUCCAAAAAGUAUUAAAAACACAUAAAUUGGCCAGUGACAUGUUCCUUUAUUACGAUGAACAGGGCCAAUUUAAUUUAAAGUCAAUUUCAACUGCUGACUAGAGCAAAAAAUGAGUAUUAAUCCGCUACUGAAAAUAGCCCCCAACCAUCUCGUUCUUUACACCUGUUUGAGUAACAUUUGCUAAAACCUACAAUACCCACUUUCCACCAGGAGAUUACAUUUUAUAAAAAUGAAAGCAAACUUUGUAACCUUGUGCCCCAUUUUUAAAGAGUUGAAUCUAGGUCUUUUCUGUGAUAGGAGCCAGUUGGCUUGGGGCUGAACGUCACAAACAGGGUGAAAAGUCAGCAAGUGUUGAAAGAUGGACUACUUUCUGUUGGAUUUUGUUUUUUUGUUUUUUUAUUGGAUUUGUUGACAAUGAACAUAUAAUAAUAUGUAUAAUACAUAUAAUAUUGAUAGUAAUAUUUUUUAAAAAAAAACAGAGUUACACCAGCCUUAUCCUCUAAGAUACAAGAGAAAAAGGAAUAAAUCAGGCUACAAAUCCUUCAGAAUCUGUAGAUUGACCGCAUGGGAAAGGCCAAAAGCUGCACUAUGUCUUACCAAACUGGAUGUAUUUAACCAGAAAUGUUCUAACCUUUUCUACAACUAGUGUGGUUUUCUUUGUGAUCUUGGUUUGAAUGAUUUGUGUCAUGUACUCACUGUACAUCAAAACUGUGACUUGUGCUGUUGCACAUCCCUGAAUUGAAUUUACUCUUCUGAGUAUCAUCGCAUCUGAAAACAGUAAUGGUUUCAUUAGCUUACAACCUGUAACAUAUCAACCAUUCAUACAUUUUCUGACUAUUUGAAUGACUAAUGAGCUUUUAUAAUUUUGUGUUCCACAAACCUUUAGGAUUACCAAUUGUGAUUCUUUAACUGGGAAACUGAGAAUGUAAUAAUUACCUGAUCGUUUUGUGCAAUCAAAUAACAUAAUGUGUAUCCAUAAUUGGUCGAUAUGAAUUCAGAUUAUAUGAUGCCAUCACUGCUGACACACUUAUGUACCUUGUUUGUUUUUUGUAAAACAAUUUAUGCUAAGGAAGAAGGGAUGUUUACUUGUUACCAAAGGUUGAAAAAAAGAUGUGUGCUGCAAAUGUCCUGAGCGUAUUAGCCUUCCUAGCGUUAACUGUAAUAGACAUGCACCAAGGACCACCGAAAAAACAGGAAGUAAAGUCAACCACCAGUCAUUUACUGUCAUAUGUCGAGCAAAUCUGUAUAAGGAGUUUAAAGGGGGUGGGUAGCUGGUUCUUUCAGUGUUUCUACCAUGAGACCUAAUUACUACCUGACAAUCCUUUAUGUCUCUGUCUUUGUGGUACCUGUCUUCAUUUUUGAAGCUUAUAGUAAGUUAUUGUUUACUAUUUCUAGAUCGCUCACUCAGUCCGAGCAGCUCUUUGUUACGGCCUUUGUUUCUCUGACGCAAAGUAAUGUGUUCACAAAUAUGAAACUGAAUUUUUUAAAUUAUGUUCAAGGCUAUGAAGACUGAAAAAGUUACAAUAUUGCAAUAUUAAACUUGACAAAGAAAUAAAACCCGUGAUAAGAGUCAACUAAAUUCCUAUUAAGGAAAACAUUAAAUUAAUAUACCAUUUAUAUAAUAAUGUUAUUACUGUACAGCCUUACUCUGUGAAAAAAAACUA